UGGCCUUCCAGCGGCCGUCCCGGGCGGCGGGAGUUGGCAGCGGGAUGUGCUCGGCUGGGGAACUGCUGCGGGGCGGCGGCAGCGGGGAUCGCGACGAGGACGGGGACGCUCUGGCGGAGCGGGCGGCGACUGGGACGGAGCGGGAGCCCGGAGCGAGCCCGCGGCGGCGCGGGCUGCAGCCCCCGGAGGAGAGCGAGCAGGAUAUUGAAGAAUCACAAAACCACACUGGUGAUUCUGUUGGAGAUGACUACAAAAAGAUGGGAACACUUUUUGGUGAAUUGAACAAAAGCCUCCUCAACAUGGGCUUCACAAGGAUGUAUUUUGGAGAACGAAUUGUGGAACCAGUAAUAGUCAUUUUCUUUUGGCUUAUGCUGUGGUUCCUUGGCCUACAAGCCCUUGGACUAGUUGCUGUCCUUUGCCUUGUCAUUAUUUAUGUGCAGCAGUAAAACUUGGCCGAAUGAAUUGUUAGUGGACAUUCGUUAGCCAUGUAUGUAAUCAAUGAAGUUAUACAUUUGAAGGCCAAAAGGGUUUGCCCUGUUUCGGUUGUGUGCUGGCUGUUUUGUAAUUAAAUCUAUAAGUAUGUUGUUUAAAGCUAAACUCAACUCUUGAUUAUAACAAAAUUAAAUAUAUAUUUUGAGUAGAAAUUAGCUUAUUCAAAACUCUUUUUUCACUACUGUGAUCUGUACCCACAUUUAGACACCUCUAGCCCCAUGCCGAAUUUUAAUAACACCACCAAACAAUGAUCAUAGGAUAUUGAGUUCAAAUUAAGCAAUAUAGUUAUUAGAAAGAGUUCCAAUAAAAUACUUGGAGGAAAAAGGAGGAAACAAGCUAAACAUAAAUUUUAAUUGGAAAAUUGUUCCACCCCCACCUCUAUCAAAUAAUCCCAUAUUAUUUAGGAAUUAGUUAUAUUUCUAUUGUCCCUGCUUGGUCCAAACCAAGUUAAAUGUAUGUAUAUACACUACCUGAAUAUUGUGGUGAAAAUGUAUAAAGCUAGCAUAUUUUCUGAAGACUGAAAAGAAUAUGUUUAUUGUUCCUGGGGAAAGUUCUCAGCUUGAAUAUAAGUUUUUUAUAAUGCAACAGUUGGACCUGGAAUUUCUCCAGUAUAUCAUUUGAAGUUUUAGACAAUUUUGGUGCUAAUUACUUUUUGUGAGUUUUUUUAAAUGUUUCAUAAACCAGGCCUAUAGUUGGAUAAUACCCUAUGGUAAUGCAUAUUUUCUUGUAUAUAACAAGUUGCAUAUUUUUCCUAAAGAGACAUUUUCAAGUGCAUUUUUUCAAUUAUUUAUAAUUUUAUAGUUCUUUUAUAACAAUUAUUUUAAGAUUUAAAACAAUGUAUUUCCUAGCUUGGCAUGGAUUUUCUCCCCCAGAAAAUUGUUCUAUAUUUUACUAUAUUGUUCUAAGAAAAAAAAAUCAGCUCGUUUUUCCUUGAUGUCUUUAUUAGAAAGUACCAUGUUACAGUAUAAAAUUAGGUACUUAAAAUUGGAAAUUACCAGCAUAUUCUAAUAUUCUUCGAAGGCUAAAGCCAAGUCAGUAAUUGGUUAUCUAUGUGUUUAGUGUGUCUCAAUUCAGCACUGCAGGGUUUGAUAUUUAAAUAAGCAUUUUUUAAAAAUACAUUUUGGAAGUGGAAAUGGCUUUGAUGAUAUUUUGGAUUUUGUUAGAGAACCUAAAAUCUUUAUACUUUCAUCUCAAAGACUAUUUAAACAAGGGACAGGUAGUUAACAUAAUCAUCUAGGAAUUCCAGUUAAAAAAGGAAAAUAGGACUCUGGGGCAUUUUUAUCUUGGGUAGGUCAAUAACUACUAUAUGUAGAGUGUUUAAUAUUCUACUUUAUAAAGUUUUUACCCAAUCCAGUUUUUAAAAUUAUUCUGUGAAUUCUCAGUGUCUUCCAUUCUGAAGCAGAAAAUAAUGAAAAACACUGAACUUACAUUUCUAAAAUCAGACAAUACUAAACAAAAACACCAGUCAGGGGCACUAAAAUGUAUUGUACAUUUGUUUGUAUAAAUACAGGCCUUUUAAAAUUGACUUUUAAAAAACAGAAGACUUUGUAUAUUUCAUUGUGUUUUUAUUGGGUCUGCAGUAUUUUUAUAGUAACCUUUAUGAGCUCAGUGUAAGUGCACGUUGUUUGAAAAGGUGUUUUCAUUUGUGUACAAUAGAAGUUAUUAGGAGAUUUUGUAUAUCUGCAUAAAAUAUUAAUAAGUAAUUUUUUUCUAAUGUUACCAGGGAUUUUAAUUUCCCUUUGGAAUACAAAAAGAUGUUGUCUACAUAAUAAAUAAUAUGGUUCCACCAGUACCUACUGCUGAAAAUAUUUUAAAAGGAAGUUUUAAUAUACUAAAUAUUAUUUAGUAUACUGUCAAUACUGUGCAUCUGCACACUGGUGUUAAUAGGGUAUUAUUAAAUUAUAUAAAGAAAUAAGAACUAUUUUGCUGCUCUUCUUUCUAUAUAUGUUAUUGGUUUGAUAUGGGAAAAAACUAGUUAUUUGAUGGAAAUAAAAUAUUUUCUUUUGUGAAAUAUUAUAAUGUAGAUUGUACUGAUAUCCUAAAAUGAAAUUGGUAAAAUUUCUUUGGUUCAUGGUAUAAAAAAAGUAGAUUGAAAAUUAUUCUCAGUCAUUUCAAUGGCAAAUAUAAGCCAUUUAUAGAAACUGUUGUUGCUUAUGAAUAAAGAAAUAGAAGUUACAAUGCUAAGGCCAUUAGAUUAUUAAUAUAUACAUCACCAUGCUGUCAGCCCUCAAUUCAAAGAAAAGGUCAAAAUCCAGAAAUAAACUGACUAUACACAUGAGUAAUCAAUUUUCUUUAAAGUAAAAGCUGAAUAUUUUGUAGAAUUCAGUCCUUUCAUAUCUUGCUGUCUUAUACAAGGUGUUUUCUUUUAUCUGUUCACCAGUUACAUCUUUCUUAGUCCAAGUGUGUGCUGGAGCCAGCUUGCACUAGCUUAUGGGAACAAAUUGUGUACAUUUUUUCUUUUCUGCCUUUAAUGAUAUCAAGCUGGUAGCUUACAUUGGCUGUGGUGGGAGUAUUUAUACCAUAAAAAUUGACAAACACUAUAAAUCAAGGUUUGUUUUUGUUUUUGUUUUUGUUUUCUGAGAAGUCAGUUGUUAAAAAUACAUCAACACACCACUGAUUAGUCACCCCUAGAGGCCAUGUUUCCAUUUUCAUCCAAAACUGUAUCUUGAUCUUUCCCAUGUGAGGAUUAGGGGCCAUAGUUAUCUUCUGAAACAUGUUUCUAUUAAUCAUGUUUUGAUCAGAGAAAAACCUGGGUUGUCACUGAUCUGGAAACCCAUGAAAGACUCUCCAGGCAAUCAGAAAAAGAUAAGUUACAGAACUAUUGAAGCACAAACCACAGUAUAAGUAAAGGUCUGUUGUGAUAUAAAUUCAAAAUAGAACUAGACAUUGAGUAAUCAAGGGACAUUUGGUGUGUAGAUUAUAUUUUAAAUUAUUUUAUAAAUGUUUAUUUCAGGUUACUUAAAAUUCUGUCAUUAUUGGUUUAUGUCUUUACAAGGUAAAGGAAAAAGAAAAGUCAAGUAAUACUUUUAUACCUGUUAGUACAUCUAGUAGCCAAGAAGAAUAUAAACUAAUAAACAAAUUAAGGCUUCAGAAUUAUUAGUGGAUAUGGGGGCCUUUCAUAACUCCUAUUUCUAUGCCUAACACUUAAUUUUUGGUGUUCCUAGGGGUCAGAUCAACAGCCUGUUCUCUCAUCUCUCCACACAUCACCUAGGACAAUGUCACCACUACCAUGGUUUCAAUUGCCAUUUACAUACUAACAGUUUCUGAGCUGCAUCUCCAAUUCAGAAACAGAGUGCUGGACAGAAUAAAAAAUUCAUCCAUUUGUUUGCUUGCCCAAUAUUUGCCCCUGGUUAUCCCAUAAUAUUUCAAAUUAAGCCCAUCCAAAAAAGAGGAGCUCAGCAUCCUUCCAAAUCCUUUCUGCCUGUAAUUCUUUUCUCAGCAAAUGACAUAUUCCUCUUAUCCAUGUUCAGAUAGGACUUGUUCCUGUCAUCUUUAACUCCUGUUUCUCCUACACUCCCCACAUAUAAAAAUUACCAAGUCUUCUCUAUUUUAUUUCUAAAAAAUUAUUUUACCUUCCUACUGCUCUCCCAGCAUCACUAACCUCAUCCAUUACCACCAGCAUCUUACCUGGAAUGCUAUCUUAGAAUCCUGAUUGGUCUUCCUACCUUCAGUAAUGUUUCUAAAAUAAAACUCUAAUCUCCGUAGCCUAAAUGUUUUUAAUGGCAACUUGUUACCAUUAUGAUAAACGUCUUAUUCCUUCAUACAUUUUACAAGCCCUUCAUGAAAUGUUUAUGUUUUGAAAGAGGCAUGCUUUCUUACUUCCCAAAUUUUGUACAUACUUUCCCUUCUUUCUUUAACCUCACCAGAAUGACCUAUAUCUGCAUACUCUUAAGUCCUCAACUUGGACAGCAUGUCCUCCAGGAAAACUCUGACUCCUUUAAAUCUAGUUUUAGUUUCUCUCUAUGUGUUUGCUUCCUCAUCAUGUGGAACUCAGUACUUUCCCUAUUAGCACUUCUCAUGCUAUAUUGUAAUAGCCUAUUUGUCAGCUUCCUCCAUUAGACAAUAGAUUUCACAAGAGCAGAGAACAUGCCUGUCAUGUCCACAAUUGCAUUGUCAGUGCCAAACACAACACCUGGCACAUGAUAUGUGCUCAAAAUAUUUGUCAAAUAAAUAAACUAACUUUGUUUAUUUGUGUUUUAAUGUUCUUCCCAUGGUCCUUUAACAAAGAAGAUCUACAGUUGGUUGUACUUUACUGUUCUUUGACUCCAAAAUAUAGUUUUUUGUGCAUAGAGUGGUCUGCUGUAUACAUUAUAAUUUUUAAGGGUUAUUCACUUUCGAUGGAAGAAUAUUGCUGUUUGCAUAUAUGUAUACAGUAUUGCUAUAUACACUUGCAUUUUUUAGGAGAAAAUGUAUUGUUAUUGGGCUAGGUCAAUUCACUAUUUCUUCAGAAAGAGAGUUUUACAAUACAUAUGGUCACUGAUGCUAUUGAAAUUUCAUAUUUUUGCAGUAUUUUUCAAUAGACCUUUAUCUACUAAACUUAAAUUUAAAAAAAAUAACUCUAGCUGUAAGCAGGAAUUCUUAAGUAUUUAAGCUUGGUAUUUUAGGUUCUAUAAUAAAUUCACUAUUACCCUGGAGCCUAAUAGCCCAGACUUUAUAUGUUACAUAACAUGUGUAUAAAAGUACUUUGUUAUUCUUUCUAAUAAAUAAGACUCUUUUACAACCCUG